UAAUCUAGCAGGAAGAAUCCUCUUUCUACUAUGCCAACUGUAACUGUUUUAUUCCAAACUAAGACGUUUUUGUGGUUUCUUACUGAGUCAGUGCAAAGAUGCAAAUUUUGUGGGUUGGACCACAAAGCACUAUAUAUCAAGUAGCCUCUGCCACAGACACUCUUAUCAGAGAGGAAAGGAAUCAGCGAGAAGCAUGAUGAGGAGCCUUUCCCUGCUUCUGUUGGUUGCAUUAACAGUCUUGGGAGGAAGUACAGAGGGCAAUGAGCGCCAUGAACAAGCUAAAAGGGAAUCCUUGUCUCGUUCCAAAAGAAGAUGGGUCCUGAAUACCAUAGAAGUAGAAGAGGAAAUGGACGUGAAAUACCCGUACAAAAUUACCAAGAUGAACAAUCUUAGGACAGCAGAUAGAGAAUAUGAGUUUGAAAUAAAAGGAGCCGGUGUGAAAGGAGUGUUCAGCAUCAACGAAACAGGUGGAGAAGUCUACGUACAUAGGCGCCUCGACAGGGAAAAGACGCCCUCCUAUGAACUCACAUUUGAUAUCCUGGACAAAAAAACAAAGAAAACAAUUGACCGAGAUCUAUCUUUUGAUGUGAAUGUAAAAGACAUAAACGACAACGCACCGAUGUUCACUAAUCAGUUUCAGAAAAGUUACGAUGUGAAGGAAAAUACUAAAGUGGGAGAUCACCUGCCAGUGUCCUUGACUGUUGAAGACAAAGAUCAGCAAGACACAAUCAACUCAACAGUCAUGGUCACUGUGGCUAAACAAAACCCGGCUGUCCCAAAGAUUGGAGUAAAGAAAGUUAAUGAUAAACUACAUCAACUCGUAACUGAAGGAUGCUUUGACUAUGAUAAAGCAAAACACUACUCACUUGUUAUUAUUGCAUCAGAUCUUGGAAAGCCACCUCUUUCCAGUAAUGUGACUGUUGAACUCAAUGUUAUUGACACAAACAGUCAUCCACCACAGUUUAAAAAGAGACAGUAUGAAGCUGAGGCUGUGGAAAUGCAAACCCCUGAUGAUAUUUUAAGAGUUGCAGUAGAGGACAAGGACACUCCCAACACGGACGGCUGGCGAGCCAAGUACUCCUUUAUCAGCGGCAAUGAAGAUGGAGUCUACAAAAUUACCACUGACCCUGUAACAAAUGAAGGGAUCAUUGGUGUUGUCAAGGCAAAGAAUUUUGACAUAACCACCUUGGUAAAACUGCAAAUCGGAGUUGAGAAUGUUGAACCUUUAACAGUCUGUAAAGAUGGAAAAUUAAUUAAAGAUUUAAGCAGCCUUCCACCAAAAGAUUCUGUCAGCAUCACAGUGAAAAUGGUCGACACUAAUGACCCUCCGGUGUUUGAAAAAUUGACAGCUGAGCUAUACCAGACAGAGGAAUCAGAGAAAGGACAGGUGCUGUAUACUCCUAAGGUUAAAGAUGCUGAAUCCGAUAACAUCAGGUUUGAAAAGUUAGAAGACCCUGCUAAUUGGGUGACUGUAGAUGAAAAAACAGGAGUAAUCACAACAAUUGAGAAGAUGGAUAGAGAAUCACCCCAUGUAGAUGUGAACAGUACUUACAGAAUUGUUAUUGCUGCCAUAGAUGAUGGUUCACCUCCAGCCACAAGUACAUGCACACUCACCGUCCACCUCAGGGAUGUCAAUGAUAACACUCCUAUGCUGCUCAGCAAGACUUUUGUUUUGUGUUCAAACCAUGGUGACAAUGUCACAGUGCGUGCUAAAGAUGCUGAUGCUGAACCAUACAGUGGCCCCUUCAGUUUCUCCUUUGCAGAUGGUAAAACUGCGAACGAACGCUGGAAAAUAGAUCCUACCUACGGUGAAGAGGUUGGCAUUGUUUUGCUGAAGAAAUCUGACUACGGUAACUACUCUGUGCCAAUACGGAUUCAGGACAAACAGGGUCAAGCUAUGGAGGAGAAAUUAGACAUUAAGGUGUGCAAGUGUGACGAAACCGGUGUUUGUCCAAAGAUCUUGUCAGUUGGCCUUGGUGUCACGGUCAUAGGAAUAAUUUGUGCAGGACUGCUUGCAUUUCUGGUGUUUCUUUUAGACUGCAGACUAUCAAAAUAUACAUACCCUAUAAAGGAUGAACAAUACAAACAGACAUUGACAAAGUACAAUGAAGAAGGACCGGGCACUGAUUGCAUGCCUAAGUUAAUGACUACGGAGAGUACGACAGACGGCAUCAAGCUGGGCCAUACACAGAAGGCUGCAAACAUGAACACACUGGAGUCUCCAGUGACACUCCAUUUUAACGGGUUGAGUCGCUAUUCUCACCAGUCAAGAUUCUAUUCUCACCAGUCAAGAUUCUAUUCUCAGCGGCUGGCUAGCAACUACAAAGGCAUGACGAGAAAUGCCAGAAGUUCCGUCAGCAGUUCUAUGGUUACCUGGACAAAUAUUGACAAAAUACUUCUGACGAAACUUUCAGAGGCUAAUGAUAAUCAAACAAUGUCUGAUGAUACCUCAGAUGACCAUGUCAAGCCUUAUCAAUAUGAGGGGAAUGGCGACAGUUGCAUGUCACUGGAUCUGCUGUCAUCUGAAUACCAACGGGAUGAUUUAAGCUUUUUGGAUGAUCUUGGACCACAGUUCAAGACCUUGGAAAAGAUCAUUAUGGCAGAGAAGUCUGGAAUUUAAGACAAUAUCUCACACCCUCUAGUUUGGUAUUAAAAAGAGAUAUAAGUUGACUUUUUGAUAAGUGUAUAAACAGAAAACCUAGAUUUUGUACCCAAUGUACAUAUGCAUGUAGAUCAUGCACCUUUAAAGUCAAGUACUGCACAUUUACAUUUGUCCACCACACAUAGAUUGUGAGGUAAAGCAGUUGCAGUUUGCUUGCUGCUGUAUGAAACAGGUCGUGCUCUGGUGAUUAUGAAAAGUUGCUCUUUUUUAGAAAUUGGAUCUAUUUAUUUGUGUCUUACUUUGCUAAAUGGGCAGAAUUAGUUCCAUUUUGGAGAAUUUUUCAGUUGUGAUGCUUUGAAUGUCUUUUGUUUUUAACCACUUGUGGACUCUGUUUUUUUUUUUUAAUAACUUGUACAGUAUAUUAACUUUUUAAUUGUUAAGUUUGUUAAUGUUCUCUGCGUCUUUUCAUCUAGUGAGACUGAAAAGACACCCAGAUGAAGAAACUGACUUUCAGUUUCUUCUUGUAAGUCAGAUUUUUAAUUUUCUUUUCCGGGAAUGCUGAAAGGAUGUUUCUGAAACUUUGACUUGAAACACCAACAACAUAAGGAGUUGCUAAACCACGAAGAGUUCAAUAUUUAAUGUUUAGUAAGAGUUGCAGAUAUAUUGGCAAUUCUGAUAGUUCAUCUCUUUGACCUUUGGCACACACACAACCCUGUACUGUCUAUUUGUGAACAUCCAGGCUCUGACUUCUCAGACAAACCGAACACUGGAUAAGUACCAAGCAGAAGAAGCUUCAAAUAGUGGAACCUUCUUACUGGGUGGUUGGGUAGGCAGAAAAUUGUCAUGUUACAUUUUUGUUAGUUCUCAAUAAACAACUUGUCAAACAUCUGUCCAUGUGACCUUGUUAAAAAGUGUAUUUCUCAGCCCAGCUACAGUCCCAAUUUGUAGUCCGUGUUUGGUAGAGUACCACAUUGCUUCUGUUAUGCUACAUGGGGUGGCUUGUUGAAACAUAAAAACUCACAAAAUGCAUAAGAAAAGAAAAUGUACUUUAUGAAUUAUUUUAAAUCAAAAUGUGGCUGCUUUAGUCGACUUAUUUAAGUCCAAACUUAUCUGGGACUUGUCAGACAACACACUUCAGACAACCGCUGAAGUGUGGCAUUGGAUAGGAUUUAUUUUCUCAAAAAGAGCACAAACUUAAACAGACUUGAUAUGUGCAAGGAACAUACCUGAUGGCUACAAUCCAGUAGCUCGCCACCAUCAGCGUGUCAAUGAGUGUGUGUGUGUGUGUGUGUGUGUGUGAGGACUUGAUAAAAUUCUACAAGCCAAAGACCAUUUGUAAAAUUUAUACUUCAAAUCUUCAGAAAAUUAGAAUAUUAAAUGACCAAUACAUGUAAUAAUUAUUAUAUGGUAAAUAUUUUCAUACUUUAAAAAUAUUACUGAAAAAAAAAAUUACAGCUGUCUGACAGUGUAUGACAUCCUUCACAAAAAGAGAAAUCCACAAAAAUGUAAUUGAGUCUUCUCAGAGUGCUGUAGGUAGGCAUACAUGGAAAAUUGAGUGGAAGGACAAAACAGUUGUAGAAAAAUGCAGAGAGCUGCAGCCUUCAGAGCACUGAGGAGCAGCCGACACUGUAUGGAUAUACUUUUUAGAAACUAUCAAUUCUAUAUUUAUUGCACUUUUUAAAUUGGAUUGCUGAAACAACUUACAUGUCCUCUGAUUUUUUUUUCCAUCUGUUAAAAUGCUCUCUACAAAAACUGUAAAUUUUUUUAUUCAAUUAGACUGUGAUUUUGUACUGUAUAAAAUAGAAUGUCAAGAAUGCAA